AUGGACGUCGCUCUCGAGAUCCUGGACCCCUUGGUCUUUGAUAAGGCCUAUGCCUAUUUCGUGCCCGCCAAACCGGUGCCCAUCUCUGGCAACGCAACCUUCGCUGCUGGCGCUGGUGCUGCCGCUGCCCAACAACAGUCGCCCCUUUCUUUUGGGUCAGCAUGGCCGCGCGACAACAUCCUGCGGCAGUGCAUCUCGCUUUUCAUUAUCACUCAGAUCGGCGCGACGGCGCUGUACUUUGUGUUUAGCGCGCUGUCUUAUUACUUCGUCUUUGACCGUCGCCUUGAGUACCACCCAAAAUUCCUCAAAAACCAAGUGCGGCAGGAGAUUGUGUCCUCGAUGUGGGCCGUUCCCUUCAUCAACAUUCUGACGCUGCCCUUCUUCCUCGCCGAGGUUCGCGGAAAGAGCUUGCUAUACACGCACAUCGACGAGUAUGGUUGGCCCUGGCUCAUCAUCUCAAGUAUCCUAUUCAUGAUCUGGAACGAUAUCAUGAUCUACUGGAUUCACCGUCUCGAGCACCACCCCGCCGUCUAUAAGUAUAUCCACAAGCCGCAUCACAAGUGGAUCAUCCCGACCCCCUUCGCUGCUCUGGCUUUCCACCCUCUUGACGGCUACGCGCAAUCUCUGCCUUACCACGUUUUCGUCUUUAUCUGCCCCCUGCAGAAGUACCUAUACAUCUUCCUUUUCAUCGCGGUUCAGGUCUGGACCAUCUUGAUCCACGACGGCGACAUGAUCAGCGGCCACUGGCUCGAGAAGUACAUUAACAGCCCUGCCCACCACACUCUGCAUCACAUCUACUUCACCGUCAACUACGGCCAGUACUUCACCUGGUGCGACAGCUACUGGAAGUCCCAUCGCCCGCCCCAACCUGAGCUCGACCCCCUGAUCGAUGCCCUCAAAGUCAUGCGUCAAAAGGGUCUCGUCGACGAGAAAGGCAACCCCAUCCCGCAGGACAAGAAGAAGACCCAGUAA